GAAAAAACCAAAGCAUCUGGAAUCGGGAAGAAAAAAUAGGGAGCACCUGGAAUCGCGAUCAGAUCUUCUCACAUCCAAGCUGCUGUCGCUGAUCAGACCUUUAUCCUUCAAUUGCCGAUCGGACUUCCAAACAAUCUCCAUCUUCAUCGUCAAUCGCCGAUUGGACCUUCCCGCAGCCUAGUAAUCGCCGAUCGAUCGCGCAGCCUGCUUCUCCUUCAUGGUCGGCCGUUCUUGCAGUGGCGUUUGCCCUAAUUAGUUGCCGGAUAAAAGUCUCGUGCUCGAUAGUGGCCAUUUUAAGGGGAUGCAUUGGUGUUAAACCCAUAUUUUUAGAAAAUGGGGAAAGUGGUGGCUUUAAGGCCUCAUUUAUUGAAAGAAAUUCAGAGGCUUUUAUGUGUAAAUCAUACAAGGAAGAGGUAUCAGCUUCUUGGAGGAGCUGGAAGUCUAGUUCCAUUGUGUUUGCCCUCAUCUUUUCAUGAAUCAAUUGGUAGCAUGAAAAAACAUGAUUGCAUACGCUGUAUUUAUCGAAGGUUUUCAACUAUGCCAAAAUCAAAACAAGAGUCUCUUCAACAACUUGACUUGUUGUCUUUCAUUCAAUCUACCGUUAGCAAGCAUGAAGGUGAAACAAGUUUACAGACCAUAAUGGCAUAAUUCCUUGCAUUCUUGCAAUAAUAUAUUAAGAACCAUAUUCCCUAAUACAAGUUGUGAACCAUAUUUCUUUUAAUGAAUCUGAGUGCGAACUGAGUUAUGUGAGCUGUUAUAAAUUGUUAUCAAGAUCCUUCGUGCAGUAACUGUCCAUGAAGCAUCUCAUAGGACCAGUCACACUGUCAUUGUGCUUGAAGUACCUGAGAACUUUCAGGGUUUCAGUAUACCUUGAUGAGUCCUACACAAUUUUUAGUUAGUUUGAUACACAUAUUUGCUUUCAUAUGUACUAAAUACUAAACAUGCUUUCCUAUCUUGAAGUGCAAAAGCAUAAGAACCCUCUUUUCUACCAAACCUAACAUUCUCUCUCUCAUUUCUACUUGAAUGCUUAGGCCCUUCUCAUAUUUGGUUAAAUGGAAUUUUGACAAAAAAGAAUAUAUUCAAGAAAGAAGGCAUUGCAUUAGUUCUUGUAGCUGAAUUCUUUCAAGGUUCCCCUUUGACACAUCAUGACCUUUUUAUCAUGCUUGAGAAAGUCAAAUUACUUCAGCAGAGGUAUCCUUUCCUUCAAGUAAUGGGAUAUCAGUAUACCACAUCACCAAUUCUCUCCAAAAAUGAUUACACACAUUUACUCCAAAGAGUAAUGAAGGAAUACAUAAGCUUUCCUAUUUUGCUGUCUAACACGAACUUCCCCAAGAUUGUUCAAAGUCCAUGUUGCAUUAUAUUCAAGGGCCCUAAGAGUCCUAUAACUUACCAUCCCAAGGAAGUAGAUCAAAUGAUUCUGGACAAUGUAACAGCCAUCAAAGAUUUGAAAGUGCAGCAUAUGAAGACUCUUGGUUUCAUGCAUACUAUGAAUAGUCCUUGGCAAAAACCAGUUGAAGUAUUCAAGGAACCAUAUCUCUGUAUUCCCUUACAGAAUCUAUUCCUUUAUUUCCCAAGUAUAUGUUUCUCCUGGGCCCUAUGCUUUAGUUCCUUAUUUACUAUAUUCCCCAUGAUAAAAAGAACCUCAUGGGUCUCAAUGCAAUAAUUUACUACCUCCAUC